CGUUUUUGUUGUUUUAUUGCAGCUUUUAUCUUAUUUUUUUAUUUAUUUCAAAUGUUGUACUAAUUACUUUUUUAUACUAUCAAUCUGAAUUUGUAAAGUUGAACAGUGUAACAAAUACUCGCAGCAUACAUCCACUAAUUCAAUAUAACAUUAUUAAAAAGUAAUCUAGCCUAAAAAUAGAAAAAAUAAAAAAUCUAACCUGGAAGUAAUUCAGUAAAUUACUUGCAUGCACGCAGUGUAAUUUGGUUUAAAAUGGAAUCUGGUCUGUGCUGGGMAUUCAUUAUAGAGUUGUAUUUCAAACUCUCUGCAUUGCAAGAUACUCUUUCUYAUGGUUGCCAAUCUUUUUUAAAGCUUAUAGAUCUGGAAUACAUAAUUUUUUUUUCCAUUACAUACUCUGUGCAUUUAGGAAGGAGGGGGCUUAUGCAAUGCUAYGCAGAAGAAUGCACUCCUUUGAACUUUAUCUCCUUCAUUUUGUUGGCAUUUUAUGUUGCAGACCUACACAAACCCAUGAAGUUUUAAAUAAUGUUCUUAAUUAUCAUGCGUGUGUAUGGUGUGCACAUAAAGUCUGCCCCAUAAUCUCAAUCAUCUGAAGAAACUUCAUUCCAACCAGUUGCUUUGAGAAAUCCUCUAAUCAGUAAAUCAAGUCCRCUUGUUUAAAUUUGGUAUAAAUACAGUUGUUCUGUGAAGGUCUCAAAGGUUUGUUAGAGAACAUCAACAAAUAAAGGACAUAAUGAAGACUUAGGAAAACACCAGUAAGAUCAGGGAAAAAGUUGAGACCAUAAUAGCUUAGAGAACAGCUUUUACAAACAUUACACAGACAGUUUGUUUGAAGUGGGAUUUUAAGGGAUUAUAAUGUUCUGACAUGCCUCAAUAUGGUUCUCCUUCAACUUCAGGUUUUGGUCUCACAUGACUAAAAAGAAAAUGUAAAAGAAAAAAUAAAAAUAAAAAAAAAACAUUCAAGAUUUUUUUUUCAAUUUUUUUUUUUACAGUAUACAACAAGCCAUUAUAUAGGUAGAUUUUACUACAUGAGCCUGUAAGUGGAGUCUAUCAAUACUCUCCUUGUCUGUCCUGUCAGUUUAGGUGGACGGGCAUGUCUSGGUUUGCAUUUACACCAUACUCCUUCUGUUUUCAUGCAGUUAGUUCAUUUUGUUCAUUUAUGUUCCCUAAGAAGGGCUUCACAAAACAGCUACAUUUAUGUAGAUGUGAAAUUAUACACAAGUGGAUUGUGUUUGCUAUAGUUCUUCAGGCACUUGGGAUUUUACUUAUGGGGUUAUCAGAAUAAUGUAAUAAGAAAUGGAAACGUGUACCGUACAUCAUUUUUUACUUUCUCUUCACAGUAAUGUGCAUUCUUUCAAGUGUGUUGUUGCAACGUGAGAAGCGGGRAUGCUUUUGAAAGAACCUUGCAGUCGCUGUUAAAGAUGUCGCCGCCGUCGCCCUGCUCGGCGCUGUCCGAUGACUGUGGUGCUGAAACUCAAAGCGACACAUCUGACGACACAUCUGCUUCUUACUGUUAGAGCAGGUGCCCAAUUUUAAUUACACGGUUUAAUGGGGCGCAUCGAUCACAUGAUGCUCGUUGUGACGCCAACCAGGUGACAACGGAUCAGAAAAUCAAUCUGAACACGUCUAUUUAUUAGCUCUCUCUCUCUUUUCUUUUUGUCUAUUCAUAGUUGUUUCACGGUUAGAUGUAGCCUCCCUGAUCUCAUCCCUGUUCACAGACUGUUACGCAAGUCUGUGAACCGGAUGGAGCUGGACUGAAACCAGGUCAAACUCACACUUAAGAGAAAAACAAGAAAAAGAAAGAAAAAAAAAGUCGCAUAAAAAAAACGUUUUUAACUGAUUUGAUGCCGAGUACAUGUUAAUUAUUAACAUUUAGCUUGUGUGGUCAAAUGAAGCUGUGCAACAUGGGAGAACAUGGCGGACAAUGUCCAUGGACAAAGCGGCUCUGCUUUCGCUCAGUCUAACGAAGAAGAAGAAGAAUACGAGUGCAAAAUCUGCUACAACCACUACGACUCGGACCGUCGCAUUCCCAAAGAGUUGAGCUGCUCCCACACCUUCUGUCAGGAGUGCCUCGAAACUCUGCACUCACUAGAGGGUCGAGGAUGGAGGAUCGGCUGUCCCGUGUGUCGCCAUCGGACUCCGGUUCGGGAAUAUCAGGUUCAAAACCUCCCGAACAAUAGGGCGCUGUUCGAGGCUCUUCCGCUUAGAGAGCAUCGGCGUCAGAGCUCAUCAAACACGGAAGAACAGACAGGUCCGUCCGGAUCUUUUGCCACCGAGGAACGCUGUGAGACCUGCAAGAACGUAGCCUUUACCACGGGCUGUGUGUGCGCCAUCUUCUCCUUCCUCUCCAUGGUGGUGCUUUUAUUCCUGGGCCUCAUUUUCGUGCACAACUUCAACCACAUAGCGUCGCCUGUCGGCCCAGUUUGUCUGUUCGUCGCCAGCGUCCUGGCUCUGCUCUCUAUAAUACUCACUUGGCUGAUGUGCAUGCUGAAGUAUGGAGCAGAAACAGAAGCGAGCACUCUUAGUUCCCUCACCUCUAAUGUAAUGUGAUCCUCAGAGUUUGAGCUGGACUUUUGAAAUGGGAUAUUUAAAAGUGUGAAAUUCAAGGGCUUGGCGCGCCUGCAUAGUGAAUUUUGAGAACAAUUAGGAUUGUCAAUAAAUGGCUGUGUGCUUUAUGAAAAUGGA